CACAGAUGAUGCACUUUAACCUUUUGUGGUAGGUCUUCACUCGCUUAAGGAAAAGCUCAAGACUGCCUCAAUGGAGCACAUUCAGGGAGCUUGGAAGACUAUCAGUAAUGGUUUUGGACUCAAGGAUUCUGUCUUUGAUGGCCCGAACUGUAUUUCACCUACGAUCGUCCAGCAGUUUGGUUAUCAACGCCGCGCAUCUGAUGAUGGCAAAAUAUCAGAUACUUCCAAAACCAGUAACACCAUUCGGGUUUUCUUGCCCAACAAGCAGCGCACAGUGGUGAACGUGCGCAAUGGGAUGACCCUGCAUGACUGUCUGAUGAAGGCGCUGAAAGUGAGAGGUCUGCAGCCAGAGUGCUGUGCGGUUUUUCGGCUUCUCACCGAACCAAAGGGAAAAAAAGUGCGUUUGGAUUGGAAUACAGACGCUGCCUCCUUGAUUGGAGAGGAACUGCAAGUGGACUUCCUUGAUCAUGUUCCACUCACUACACACAAUUUUGCUCGGAAGACCUUUCUAAAGCUUGCUUUCUGUGACAUCUGCCAAAAGUUUCUGCUAAAUGGGUUUCGGUGUCAGACGUGCGGUUAUAAAUUCCACGAGCACUGCAGCACGAAAGUCCCAACCAUGUGUGUCGACUGGAGCAAUAUCAGGCAACUCUUAUUGUUCCCAAAUUCAAAUAUCAGUGACAGUGGUGUCCCUGCACUACCUCCCUUGACAAUGAGACGGAUGCGGGAGUCUGUCUCCCGGAUACCUGUUAGUUCCCAGCACAGGUAUUCUACACCUCAUGCCUUCACAUUCAACACAUCAAACCCUUCUUCUGAGGGCUCCCUUUCCCAAAGACAGCGAUCUACAUCCACACCAAAUGUCCACAUGGUUAGCACUACAAUGCCAGUAGACAGCCGGAUAAUUGAGGAUGCAAUUCGAACCCAUAGUGAAUCAGCCUCACCGUCUGCUCUGUCGGGAAGCCCUAACAAUAUGAGCCCAACUGGCUGGUCUCAGCCCAAAACCCCAGUCCCAGCCCAAAGAGAGCGAGCCCCUGCGUCAAAUACGCAAGAAAAAAACAAAAUUAGGCCUCGUGGACAGAGAGAUUCCAGUUACUACUGGGAAAUAGAAGCAAGUGAAGUCAUGCUUUCUACCAGAAUAGGGUCAGGUUCUUUUGGAACAGUUUACAAAGGCAAAUGGCAUGGAGAUGUAGCAGUGAAGAUACUAAAGGUUGUAGAUCCCACCCCAGAGCAGUUCCAGGCUUUCAGAAAUGAAGUGGCUGUAUUAAGGAAGACUCGGCACGUGAAUAUUUUGCUAUUCAUGGGUUACAUGACUAAAGAUAACCUGGCCAUCGUGACGCAGUGGUGUGAAGGAAGCAGUCUGUAUAAACACCUGCACGUGCAAGAGACCAAGUUCCAAAUGUUCCAGCUCAUUGACAUUGCCCGGCAGACAGCACAGGGAAUGGACUACCUGCAUGCAAAGAACAUCAUCCACAGAGACAUGAAAUCCAAUAAUAUAUUUCUUCAUGAAGGCCUCACGGUGAAAAUAGGAGACUUUGGUCUGGCCACUGUAAAAUCCAGGUGGAGUGGAUCCCAGCAGGUGGAGCAGCCCACUGGUUCGAUCUUGUGGAUGGCACCAGAAGUGAUACGGAUGCAGGAUAGUAACCCGUUUAGUUUUCAGUCAGAUGUCUACUCCUAUGGAAUAGUAUUAUAUGAACUAAUGACAGGAGAGUUGCCGUACUCCCACAUCAACAACCGAGAUCAGAUUAUUUUCAUGGUGGGCCGAGGGUAUGCUUCUCCUGACCUCAGUAAAUUGUACAAGAACUGCCCCAAGGCAAUGAAGAGGCUUGUAGCAGACUGUUUGAAGAAGGUUAGGGAAGAACGACCUCUCUUUCCACAAAUCCUGUCGUCCAUUGAACUGCUGCAACAUUCUCUACCCAAAAUCAACCGGAGUGCUUCUGAACCAUCCCUGCACCGCGCCGCCCACACGGAGGACAUCAAUGCCUGCACGCUGACCUCCACCAGGCUGCCCGUCUUCUAGGGUCCUGCUCCCCCCUCCUCCUCCCCGCCCGGGGGAAAGGGGCAGAAGGAACAGAAGCUGUGCUCGUAACGCCUCCGUGACAGGAUCAGUGCCAGCAGGAUUAUCUGCCUCCCAGUUUGAAGAACAAGCUGCUAAAGAUUUCUGCAGUUCUCAUCCUGCAGGGACACAGCCCCACAUUGCCUUUUUCUAGUUUCUUUUACUGGGAUAGUUGACAGACUAUAAAUCAAGAGAUCUAUUACUAUUUUUUUAAUAGAUGCACUUGAGCCUUAUUUUUCCCACAGACAGAAGCGGUGGAUGUUUCUUUGGCAG